AUGAAAUGUUUUGAUAGAGAGCUGUUGUCAGCAGGCAUAGUUAAUGUUAUUUCAAGCCUUGAGGAUAAUCUAACGAAUGAUCCUAAAUCUAUCAGAGUCGUUGUUUAUUUUCAUCUGUAGCAUAUAGACUUUGACAUUUGCUUAGGUUGUUGGGCCCUGAAACACUGACGUUAACGUUAACUGCUGCUACAUCCGUCAGAAUCUAGCUUGACUAACACACGUUAGAUAGCUAAAGGCUAAGGAUGUUUACCUCACAGGCUUCGUCCUCGUCCUUUCAAGACUCAAUUGAUGUGGAAGAAAAAGACACAGAUUUUGACAGUGAGGAUAUAGGCGGAAUCAGUCAGCGAAUACAACAAAUCAACUGCUAUUACUCAAUUUACUUUUACCAAAGCACAAGAUCUGAGGCAGCAGAGGAGAGUGUCGCGUGGUCUCAAAGAAGAGCAGAUUCAACCACAUGUCAUGAUGACUUUAGCCUCACCUUGCUGGACAGCAGUCUGCCCCCAGAGGCUGAGCCACAGCUGCGAUGCUACAUCUCCCGCAGGCUGAGCAAAGGAGCUCUACUGGGAGGCAUGGGCAACAUAGCCACUGUGGAGCUGAGCAUCCCUGAGCAGGCAGUCGGUUGCUAUUGUUGCCUCCUGGAACAGGAAUCUUCUCCUGACCAGUCAGAAGAUGGGAACGGCUGGGUGGUUUGUUUCCUUGGAGGUUCAGAGAAGGGACUAAAUCUAUUCCGACUUGAACUUGACAAGUAUGUGCAAGGUCUCCAGGGCAGCCUGACUCCAGAGAUGGAGACCCUGGAGUCAGACGUGAAGCCAUACCUGAGUCUUUGGUAUGAGGAAUCGGUCAUGCACAUUCACCGAGUGGUUCAACUGGUCCAGGCCAAUGUUUGUUUUCUCUUGCAUGCGGCUUUGAGUCAUACCCCUGUAGUUGUCAAUGACGCAGAUGAGAGAACCAAGACUGAUGUAGCCAGAUUCAUCAAAGCUGCCAGUCUGCAGGGUUUAGUGCAGGAGGACACCACCACGGCUACCUUGUGCAAAGCCAUGUCAGAUGACGCCCCCACAGACCUGGUGAUCGACUGCUCCACGAGCCCACCCACUCUCUCCAAUGCAGUUAGUAACCGGUUCUGUGAGGACUGGAUCCAAGCGUUCCUGAACGGUGCCGAUAGGUGCAACCCAUUCCUCCUGAGACAAAUUUUGGAGAACUUCAAGCUCAAGGCCAUCCAGGACAUGAACAACCUGAAGCGCUUCAUCCGGCAGGCGGAGAUGAGCCACUACGCGCUGUUCCGCUGCGGCCAGUUCCUGCGCGGCUGUGGCAACGGCGACGUUCUGCUGCAGAACGCACGGGCCGAGCACAGCGGGCUGACCGAGGCCUGCGGAAUCAUCCGCGUGCUGGAGGAGUACCUGAGUGAGCAGGCUAUGGCGCCCGCUGCAGUCCACUGACCACACACACACACACACACACACACACACACACACACAGACACACACACGCACACACACACACAUCAACUUGAAACCAUGCACACCCAGAAGACACACUUACACUCACACUACUAGAAACCAUACAUUAAUUCUCAUCAAAGGACACGCACAGUACUGGGUGUGUACACAGAGCACACAACAUACAUACAAACCAACACACACGCACACACACACUUUAAGAAACCAUACAUUUAUUCACUACAAAAAAGGACACAUACUGUACUGGGUGUGCACUGCACACUGAGACUAACCAUAUAAUAACUGCAUAUACUGUAGAACACAGUUAAAAUGCAUAACAAGAACAAACUAUCCAAACACAAUACAUAUAUAUACAUCACAUGCAGCACUUAAAAAAACAACAUAGGCAGUGCCAUCAAAUAUUCAACAUCAGCAUUAUUUAAUUUGCCCGGGAAGAAACACACAAUCCUGACACCUUUGUAUACCUGUAAUUCUAUAUACACUAACCUUAUUCCAAACCAAGCUGUGUGUGUGUAUGUGUUUGUGUGUCUGUGUGUGUCAAAUGUCAUUAUUAUAGGCCACUGUUAUUGUACUUUAAUUUCACUGUUAAUCCUCAUAAAGAGUAAAACUGUACAGGGCAGCAUUGACAUUGUGGACCAUAUUGUUUGAAGACCAAAUUAACUUUAUCUUCAUCUUUGCCAGUUUGUUUGGAUCCAAUAAUGUACUGAUAUUUAAAACCAAUUCUGAGGCUUUUGUGCCUGCUUUUUUGCCUAGCAGCUUCUUUCUUAAACUAUUGUCUUUUAUUGCAAUCCCAAGUGUAACCUUUUAUUUUUGAAACUGACUGUGGCAUGUAUCAUUUCAAGUGAAUUCAGUGCACUACCUAUUUCAUGUUUUAUCAUAUAUUUUUUUGUAGCAGAAAUACUGACGUGCUUUAUGAAUGGCUGAUUAUUUCUUUAUUUCUAAGUUUACACAAUUCUUCAAAUACUUUGAUCUGAUGUGUGCUCACAAACACUUGUGUUAAAAUCCUGUUACGGUGAUAGCAGGCCUGAUUUAGGAUAUGAUGACACAGGUGCUGAUUAAUCCAGAUUUGUGUGAUUUGCUGUAGUGAGCUGCUCGUGGAGUCUGACUUUGUAUGUGAUAUUUAGCCAGCAAACCCUAUCCAUUCCCAUAAGUGUAGUCACAGGGAUGCUGAGACAAAAGCAAUAUUGUGUUUGUGAAAAUGUGAUCAUAUUUUGACUGUGAAAUGAAGAGUUUGUGUUUUCGGGACCGUAAAUAGUUGUGUUGUAUUAAAGUGGCCUGGUCUCCCCGUGGUCUGCCCAAACUGACCAUCACACACUACUGUGUCCCAGUCAGCCAGCAUCAGUCUAGAUCUCCUGUUUUGUCUCAGCUCUGUGUGAUAUUGUGAAAGUGAUUUCAAUAAAUGCUGAUCACUA